UAAAAAUCCGUAUUCGAGGACGAUUUCUUUCAAGCUGCAAUUUUUGUGCAAUACUUGUAAUUAUUUGAAGACUGUUAUAUUAUGCAUGUAGAAUAUCAUGUUUGUAGUUCAUAGUUUUCCAGAUAUAGCUAUUUUUGGGUCAGCAUCGUAAUCAAUCGAAUUUAAAAAAUAAACUUGAUAUGAAUGGAAUUUAAUUACAAUGCAGGUUUUUCCAUUAUUAUUAUCCCAAUUUUUUUUUGUAAAAAGCAUUAUAUGUGUAUGUACGAAAUUGAAUUCUAUAUUGACUUGUUUCAUUAAUGCUCUUAUAGUUUGUGAUAUCACCUUUGAAAAUUUCAAAAGUUACAAAUUUUGAGAAGACUUAGGUACUAGUUUACUUUGGUCCCUCAAAAAUGCUGUGGUCCCUAAUAAAAACCGAGGUACAGCAUGUGGCAGUUCUAACAGUCAGCAUUUUAUUUCUAUAUUGCUGUCGAAACGGGCCUAGUUAGUGGUCACGAAUCCGGUUACCAACCCCAAGGUGCAGGUGUAAAUCCAGUGCUGGCUCUUGUUUUUAGAAAAUAGGUGGGGCCAAUCAUCUAAACUAGUUUUGUCACGGGACCAAACAAGUAAACUAGUACCAAGACCUAAAUCUUUAAAAAGUUUUAGUGGAAAAUGCUGAUGAAUAGUUUGAAAACAAUAGCUCCUGCUUUAAUGCGAGGAGUUAAUACUUCCAUGAGCAAGCCAAGUUAUAUUGUAUCUAUUCAAACUACUAGAGCAAAAUGUUCGCUACCCGAUUUGCCCUACGAUUACAAUUCACUCGAGCCAUACAUCAGCGCAGAUAUAAUGAAACUUCACCACAGCAAGCACCAUCAGACUUACGUAAACAAUUAUAACGUGGCAGAGGAGCAACUGUCAGAAGCGGUGGCAAAAGGAGAUCAAUCUAAGAUCAUAAGCUUACAGGGAAGUCUUAAGUUCAACGGAGGCGGACAUAUAAACCAUUCAAUUUUUUGGCACAAUCUGUCUCCAAAUGGAGGCGGCGAACCUUCUGGACCUUUGUCAGACAUGCUCAAGGCGCAGUUUGGUUCAUUUGACGCUUUCACUAAAGAAUUUGCUGCAAAAACAGUGGCUAUUCAAGGUUCUGGCUGGGGAUGGCUGGGUUUCAAUAAGGACAAGAAAAGACUGGAACUGGCGACUUGUGCUAAUCAAGAUCCUCUUUUGGCAACUACAGGCUUAGUUCCUCUUUUGGGAAUUGAUGUGUGGGAACACGCGUACUAUCUACAGUACAAAAACGUGCGUCCUGAUUAUGUAAAUGCACUUUUCAAUAUUGUGAAUUGGAAAGACGUGGAAGCGAGAUUAGCUGAUGCAAUGUGAAAAAACUUAAUUUUGAUUUUGUGAUCUCUUUAAAUAUUCCUCCCUGUUGGAAAAGAUAGAAGGAAGCUCGUUAUAAGUUACAAUAUUCGCUGAUGGCUAGCCGUUGUUAUAUCCGUUUAUAGGGGAAGUUUAUCUUGACUAGGUUUCGUAGAGGGGAAUAGUUAAAUAGAUCCUAAUGUUGCAGUGAGACGAAACUUAACUGAUAGUAAUUUGCAGCUAAAGAAACACCGUUAAUAAUUUGAAAUGAAUUAAAAAUUUAAAACUCCGAA